CCUCUCUCCUUCUUCUCUCUCUCUCUCUUCAUUUUGAUUUCUCAUCUGGGUUUUGUUGUUUUAAAAACUGCAAAAAAACCCCUAUUUUUAUUUAUUUUUCUUUCAAUAUUUGUAAUUUAAAAUCAACAUUAAUGUGCAAUCUAUUGCUGUUAAUGUAUGAAAUACAUGUCUCAAAUUCUCAGUGAAUUGUUUCUUUCUGGGUUUAUGAUCAAUUCCACAUAUAGACGCAGGACACAUUUAGUUCAAUCAUUUUCAGUUGUUUUCCUCUACUGGUUUUAUUAUAUUUCAUGAUUAAUAUUCUGUUUUUUUUCCACUAGAUUACUAUAAACCAUCUUUAUAGUUAUAGUUAUAAUUUAUAAAUAUAAAUCCAUAUCCUCAUAUAUUAAAAAGUCCAACAAUAAUAAUAAUAAUCAACUUGUGUUUAAUGGCAUCCUCUAGUGGUAUUACAACAACAUCAUCAGGCGGGUCCGGGUCUGGUUCCGGUUCUGGUUUAUAUCCGGUUCAGAGUUCUGGCUCUGAACCGGAUCUUCAGCACUUAAUGGACCAAAGGAAGCGAAAACGAAUGAUAUCAAACCGCGAAUCAGCACGAAGAUCUCGAAAGAGAAAGCAAAAGCAUCUGGAUGACCUCACGGCUCAAGUGAGUCAACUCAGGAAAGUGAAUGAUGACAUCAUGGCUAAUGUGAGCAUCACCACACAACAUUAUAUGAGUGUGGAGGCUGAAAACCACGUUCUGCGAGUGCAGGUGGCGGAACUCAGCCACCACCUGCAGUCGCUGAACGACAUAAUUGCUCUUAUACAGUCGUCCAUGGACCCCACUGGGUUCACGGACGAGCAGUACGGAUGGGGAAGUGGCAAUGCGUUUGUUGUUGACGAGUUCAUGAACAACUCACUGAGUUAUCUGUCUGCGACUCAGCCGAUUUUGGCAUCAUCUGUAGACACAUUCAUGUACUGAAUUAGAUGUGAAUCUUGAAGAAAGGGGAAAGGGUGUGGUGGGUGGUCCAAUUAAUGGUGUGACAAAGGAAUAAAGAUUUGUGUAAAAAUGAAGAAGAUGGGUUGAUGUUGGGUAGGAUGAACUAUGAUUGUAUUGGGUAGUACUUGUUAAUGAUAUUAUUGUCACUAAUAAUAUUAGUUUUACUUUUAUGAUUAUAAUUGUGUGUUUAUUUAUUAAUUAAGUUGUGUUGAUUGUAUUAA